GAGCAGUCUCUCCUGAAUCACAGCAAGGUAGCACGUUCUCCCAGAGUGGAAGUAAACACAACAGAAGUGCUGUGGUGGUGGUGGCGGUGGUGACAUGUUGGCCUCCUCUGUGUUCAUUGAGCCCCGCAGCGCCCCCCGCACCGCGCCCCGGCUGGGGAGGCUCGUGUGAGGUGCUGGGCUGACAUGUAACGUGAUGUGUGGCCCUAAUAUUCCCUGUGGCAGCUGACAGAACCCACCUCCCGCGGCCCCUGAGACAAAAUGAAGAAACUAAGGCGAGUCAUCGGUUCAGUAGCAAACUUGACCAGUGGCAGGAGUGAGGAGCAACCGUCAGCCAGCACCCCGAAGCCCAGUGCUCUGUCUGCCUCCCGUAGGAGUGUGUCGGGACCUCUACACGAAACAAGCAGUCCCCAGAGAGGCUCCUACUACAGCUAUGAAACCCAGUCUCUGGACUCCUUCAACAGUGGGCUGUCCUCCGGUACCUCCCAGGUUGACCCAUACAGCAAGGUGGACAAACACUUCACCAAGCUGCACAAGUGGGCCUAUCUGGGGGACAUCAACAAGCUGAAGAAAUUCAUCAAGAAAGUACCUGUAGAUGCCCAGGACAGUGAAGGCAAGACUGCCUUACAUCAUGCUGCUGCUCAGGGGCAUGGUGAUGCUCUGCUCUUCCUCUUGGGCAGCAAGAGUAAUGUGGAGCUGAAGGAUAAUGCUGGUAUGACUGCCUUCCUCAGGGCUGUGGAGAAGAGCCAGCAACACAUUGUUCAGAUGUUGCUCCAGAGAAGAGUUGACAUGAAUGUUACUGAUUACCAAGGCAAUAGCAGCAUUCACCUUGUGGCCAAGACAGGAGCAACUGAUCUUCUCAUCAUGCUGCUGGAGUGUGGCAGUGACUGUGACUCCCCCAACACUCUGGGCCGGACCCCUCUCCAUGUGGCCUGCACUGAGAACCAAGAGGAGGCUGUGGAGGCUCUUCUAAGGCACGGGGCAAGUGUGAAUGUGGCAGACAAGGAGGGAGUGACACCUCUCAUGGUAGCAGCCAAGCUAGGCAGUGUGCCCUUGGUGGAAGUUCUGAUAGACAAUGGUGCCAACAUUUCUCCUGUGGAUGCCAGCAAGUGGACGGCAGCUGACUAUGCUCGCUUCACCAACCACAACCAGUUACAUCACCGUCUGAAGACACUUCUGGAUAAAGAAGGGGGAGUGUCCUUGAUUCCUCAGGGUUUGCUGAGCGUUAGUGAUGAAGGAAGUGAUCAGACAGAAGGAGCAGCUGGAGGAGUGAUCAAGAAGCCCUGUGAUAAUGAGGAAGAAGAUGCUGCUGACAAUUCCUGGAGUGACACUAGUGAUGUAAAUUCUGUCAAGGAGAAACCCAAGCUCAAUCUGACAAAGUUUCUUCCAUCCUCUGAUGAAUCCACUGAAAAUGUCGUGCCUGCCAUCACAGAACCUCCUGAAGGUGCCACGGGACCUCCCAAACCUCCCCGUCUCUAUGCCAGUUCCUCAAGUCUUGCCUCGGACAAGCUUGUGAUAGGGAGGAGUGAUGAUGUGCAGGAGAAAGAAGAUAGUGUGAAGGACAAUGACUCUUGGAAAUCGUCUUCUGAAGAUGAGAAGCCAAAAGUUAAAAACCUAGGACUAUUUGUGGGAAAUCUUGAUUCUAGUAGUGAAUUAAGGAAAUCCAAAGAGGACAGGGAAAAAGAUCCUAUCAUGAAAUCAAGGGUUGGUAGGGAUGAUCUGAUGCUAGAAUUAGGUCUUAAUGACAUGAAAUAUGAGGUUUCAGAUGAAGAUAUUUCUUUUGAAGAGGAAAAACCAGAUCUGCCUUUGGAGGGAACACCCACCAAGGUUGUAAUUAGUCCCAGGAACAAGACCUCCGCAGAGCAUAAGCAGAAGUGUAGCGGUGAGUCUGAACACACACCUCCUUCAUCUAAGCCACUUGCCUCAGCAAAUUAUCACAGUAACAGUCCUGAGAAUAAAAGCAGUAUGAGGUCAGUGUCCCCACCAUUAAGCUCUGUAAGGAGUGGCAACAGUAAGUUCUCUUCCCCAGAAUCUCUAGUCAAGUCUCCAGCCAAGAAGUCUCCAAGGAAAAUUAAGCCUCACCAUCCAAAGUCCAGUAUAUUUGAUAGUGACAGUGAUGAAGAUGAGUCUGCCUCAUCUCGCCCACACAGGAGAAAGAAGCAGGAAGUGGCGUCUUUGACCAAGCAGGUGGCUGUUGAUGAAGACUCUUGGGACAGUCCCAAAUCCAAAUCGCAUGGCAGUAAAGGAUCAAGAAAGUCAUCUAAAGACAGCAAUAGUCUGGACAGCUUGCCUGGCCAUCAGAAAACAGACAAGGUGAGACCAAUCAGUGGAAAAUCACAAAAGAGUUCACAAGAAGCACAAGGCAGUGGUGUCCUACUUCCCCCAGCCAGCGGGGCCGGUGGCUCAUGCACUAGCACUUUAUCUACUGUGGUGGGGACUUUGGGUCGGGAGGGAACCAUGCAGGAGGUGGAGGAGAUGUGGGAAGCGAAUCCCAGGAGGAGGAAACCAAAGUCUUCCAGUGGCAGCAGCAGCAGUCCACAAAAUUCUGAAAGUUCACACAAAUUAGAUGACAGUACUGGAAAAUCAAAAAAGGAAGAUACAGUCAGGGCUGUGGAUGGAGCAUGUUAUAAUAUUGGUAGUGCAAAGAAAGAAGCACACAUUGAGGCAGAAGGAGAUGGACAUGGUGAUAAUGAUGCAGGUGACAGUGCCAAGGUGGAUGUGGACAACGGAGACACUGCCCAGGACGUGAGUGAUGAUGACUUUGGGUCCAGUGGAGUGGAGGACCUGCUGGCCUCCAAGGUGAAGGCCACCAGCCCUACAGUACAGCCCAUCAAUGCAGUCAGAGCUCUGCUUCUACCAAAGCAAAAUGUGUCUAAAGAAGAGCAAAGUUCACAGGAAAAACAGCAGCAGUCUUUCUUAUCACAGAACAAGUCACUGGCCUCCAGGAAACAGAAGAGUCUCUCACCCUCACCAAGAGAAGAAGACAAAAAACAAAGUACCAGAGAUGCUCAGGCUCUUGGAGGAAAAAUUCCAUCUGUGGUGUUUGAUGGUGACAAAACAAGUAAGAGUAAAAAGGAAUCCACAUCACCCUUACCCCUGUCUUCCUUGGAUGUGGUAGUUGUGAAGGCACCACACAAGGACAGCCUGAGGAGUGGCCUGGGUGGUGUGGUACUCAGUGAUGAGGAAUCUGUUGCCUUGGAGCACCUGGCCUCACCUCACAGCCUGGAGGAGGGAGAGGAUAGGAUGUCAGUCACCUCAACUGAGACAGAGGAGAGUGCCCACAUCAAUGCUGGGCUGAAGGACUCCCUGCUGGCCCCACUCUCAACGCUACCUGACAUAUCCAAUGUGGGCCAGCUGCAGGACCUGGUGAGAGAGCUGCGUCUCAAGUUGGAAAAGGAGUUUGGCCGCAGGAAGGACUUGGAGGCUCGAGUCUCAUCCUUAAAACAGCAGGAGAAACAGUCAAGACUUCUCAGUUCACAACAGGAGCAGAGUUCCCAUCAGAUGCAGCAGGAGAUAUCUAGCCUGAUGGCACGAGUCAAGCAGCUGGAGUACCAGGGACGCACAGAGCAGGACUCCUCACUGCUCAAGGACCACACCCUACAGGACGCCCAGCAGAGGUGCUGUGAGUUGGAGGAGCAGUGUGGGGCUCUCCAGAUGCACGCCCAGCAGCAGGAGCAGAUGGUGAACUCUCUCAUGGUUCAGUUGCAAACAAAGGAAAGAAUCAACCUCACCUUACAAGAUAAAUUAGAAGAGCUUUCCUCUCAGACCAAGUAUGUUUCAAUGAAAAGUUGCCAGACAGAGGAUUUCUUGAUGGCCAUCGCACCACGUGAGUCAGCACAAGCCCAGACUGACUGGGUGUGCCUGAGUGGUGGAAAGGACAGGCAGACACAAGCCACACCAUCAGUGUGUGAAUCCUUUUCCCAAACAGAAGCAGCAGAUUCAGAAAUGAAAUUGAGCCAUUUAGGCUCUAGUCAUGAACUAAAAGUUUAUUGUAAUGUUGAAACUAGAACUCAGGCCAUACAAACUGAGCCUGAAAAUAUGAACAGGACUGAAUGCAAAGAUGUUUCUUUGAGAGACAGAGGAACCCAGUGUGAGAGGGUCAUUAUGGUGCAUGCCAGUUGUCAAAACACCCCACAGAGAGCCUUUAAAUCCUCUCAGACACAAUUCAUGGGAAAGUCUGCUUUUAGCCAGACAGAUGAGGUUGGCCAGGAUGGCUUUGGUGUGCAGAAGAGUACUGUAAGUGACUCAUCAUGCCAGACAGUUAUCUUCAAUAAGCAGACUGGAAUUCAAACAGAAGCAGUGAGUUUGGCAACUCCUGCAAAUACCACAAAUGCUGUGUCAGAAACUAAUUCACAGGUUCAUGUGCUUACUUCAUCACUGGAGAAUGCUCUACAAGAUAUCUCACAUGAUAUAAAAUCUGUUUUGAGGUCCUCUGAAGAUGGUCAUGUGUCUGCAGUGGAGGAGAUCAACAAAGCUCUCACCAGUCAGAUGGGGAUGCUGGCCAGCACCCUCAACACCACACUGCAGCACACCACAGAGUCGCAUAAUCAUGAGAAGCUGGUGGAGGUUCAGGAGGGAAUCUCUCAACUGCAGGACACAUUGCAGACACAGAUGGAAGUUGUGAAGGAACUGUCAAAUGAACCUUCCCAAGCAGAUCUGCAAAACCUUCACCAAACAGUUGAGAAGAUAAACCUAGAUAUGAAAUCCACCUUAGAUAAUCUUGACAGCAGAAUCACUGAAGCAUUACAGAAUCAAGCAUCAAGUCAUCUUGAACAGAAAGCUCUCAUUGCUUCACUUGUCGAGCAGAAACAUGAAAACAACAAAAUUCUAACAAAUCUCUCUGGUCAGCUUGACAAAAGAAAUGAUGAUGAUACAGAAAGAUUUCAUGAUCUCAAGCAGCACAUUGCUGCCCAACUUUCAGAAAUCAAGAAAGUCAUUGAGUUAUCCAGUGUGUCAGAUGACAGUGGUGUUUCUGGAAACUUGACCAGAGGUGUAGUUGAGAAGCUGGACUCCAUAGAAAAGUCCCUCAUUAUUCCUGGUGGAAAAGGUUGUGUCUCAGAGGAACUGUCAGGAGUGCAGUAUGGCAUGCAGCAGCUAUCUCGUGACCUACACAAUAACAUGAAAGCACUUGAGGAACUGAUCAAAGCUGUAAGCACUGACUCCAGACAUAACCAAUCUGCUUUAAUGGAGCAGACCAAGACAAUCACUGACAGUAAUGACCAGCUCACAACACUUGUAAAGCUUAGGUUGUCUGAAGCAAAUUCAGAUCUGAGUGAGGCAAUAGAAGAAAAUUUCCGCAUAGUUCAGGACCACCUGCUUCACCUCCAGCAGACAGUGGUGCAGAGGAUCAAUGAAGUAGCAGAACACAUAAGCAUCAGUGAGGACAAGAAAGCUUCCAAUCUAACAAGACAGAUGAUGGAGAUAGUGAGCCAAGUGUCUGGUGUUCACAGUGGCCUUGCACAGUUGCAGGCCAGUGUGGAGAAGGCACGCAGCUCACCCACACCGGGCAGCCUAGUGGACGAAGCUUUUGUCUCCUCCUUCAAAACCUACCAUCAGCAAGCCUCAGAAAGCUUCAAGUAUCAGACUGACAGCAUCAUUCAGCAGCUGGAGAAAUUACAGAAGGAAAUUCAUAGUGGUGUGAUACAAGGACAGAAUGCAAAGGACCAAUCAGAAGUGAAGCUCUUGAGGGAAGCUGUCAAGGAAAAAGAGAGCGAGUUGUCUACCAGACAGGCUGCUUGGGAGCAGCUGCAGGAGAAGAUGAACCUACAGAAAAUUUCUCUGGCAUCCCUCCAAAGUAAGGAGGAAGAGUGGAAGGUGAAGAUGGAGACUCUUCAAGAUAAGAUGCGUGACUUGACCUCAAGUCUAAAAGAGAAGGAACAAGAAGUGCGGCAGGAGGCAGCCAAGAGUGCAGCCCAGAGUGAGGACACGGUCAAGCUACGCCAGGAGAACUUCCGCCUCUCCUCUGAGCACGCCAAGAUGUCAGCGGCACUGCAGGCUGAGCAGCACCAGCGGCAGUGGUGUGAGGGAGAGCUGCAGGAGCUGAAGAAAGCUAAGGACAUGACAGAGAAGAGGAUGCAGGAAGUAAUGUCUUAUGUCCAGCAGUCAUCUCUGCAGCGCACUCCCCCAACAGGACGGGACACUGAUGAGGAUGACACCCUGGCAAGCUGGAAGCAGGAAUUGAAGAAACUUGAAGUGGAAAAGAAAAAACUUGAAGAGAGGUGUGCUGAGCAGGAAAGUCGGGCACACCAGCUAGAGUUGCAGUUGAGGGAAGCAGAGGUGGGUCUAGAGCUAGAGAAAAAUUCCAAAGUUGAUCUGGAAAAACAAUUAAAGAAAGCAAAAGAGUUAGUGACAAAACUGCAGAGGGACCUGAGUGACGUGAGGCAGCAGCAGGAGGCUGUGCGGGACAUUGAGACUCAACAGACAGAGCUGGAGCUGGAGAUCAAGUCAAGGGAAGCUGCCAUGGAAACCUUAAGAAAAAAACUUGAAGCUGUAAACAAAGAGAAACUUGAACUCAAAAACACCAUCAUGGAACUGAAGGAGGAGAAGCUUUCAUUUGAACUGGUCAAGCAGGAGAAGGAAUUUACUGAACAGAUGCAGAGAAAAACAGAAGAGCAACUGCAUGAUCUACAGAAGAGGAUAUCAAGAGAUUAUGUAUCAAAGGCAAGUUUACAAGUUAUGCAGAAGGAACUAGAAAACAAGUAUCAGUUGGAAUUGAGCUCCAAACUUGCUGAAUUGAACCACAUCAUCCAGGAGCAAAACAAGCAGCAAGAAUCGUUGACCAAAAGCAAACACUCUCGGGAGCAAGAACUGAAGAAUGAACUCAGCAGGAAGUCGGAGGAGGUGAUCCGAUUGAAUGCCAAGCUGAGUGUGCUGGAUGAGCGAGGCGACACCUGGCGGGUGCGGCAUGACCGGCUGCUGGCUCUUUACCAGCAGCAGGCAGACCUCAACCAUAGCCUCACCACCACAAGGAAACACCAUGACGAUCAACUCUCCAUCAGUUUACAGGAAAUAGACAAACACUUGAAGACUCCACUGGCAACAUCCUCAUUCAUUGGGCAGCUCACUCCUCCUGUGUCUAUGCAGCUUCCUCCCCCACCAGCCAACAUUGAUAGCUACCACUAUACUCAUGCAGAUGUCCUGGACCGCACCCUGCAGUCCUACCUCAACUCCUCCACCACAUCCAGGCACAGCAUCACUGAUGAUAAGCCACAAGCCAAGAUAUCACCACUGCAGCCAUCCCCACAGCACAGCCAACACCACAGUAGAGUGCCGGAUCUUGAACAGUCCAGAGAUGAAUAUGUGGACCUCCUCAAGAUGAAGUAUGGGAUUUAAGCUCCACUCAGUUCCCCAAGCACCAGCGGCCUUAUAUUCUUGGUAAUGAUGUUUGUGUGAGAGAGCAAGUGUAUGUGUGUGUGUGUUGUGUGUUCAUUGGUUGUGUCAGGGAUGAAAAAGUUGAUGCAGUGUUAAUGUGUAGCAUCUUCAGGUUUUGGUGAAGUUAUUGAGCAGAAAGCAAGUUUCAUAAUUUUAGAAAAUGGAAUUGCAAGUUGUCAAGUAUAACAUUUCUCAGUUUCUCUGCAAAGCAUCAAAUAUUAACAAACCUGCAUAGUGUUUGGUGGUUGACAGAAUGGUCUGCAUUGGCUGUCUUAAACUCAGUCAUGGUGAACUGACACAAGGAUAAGAACAAGUGUGAAGGCCUGAAUGUUUGCUGUAUCUCCUGAAAUGUUGGACCAAUAGAUGCAUGUUGUAUAAGUGUAAUGCUGUAGUGAAUAAGUAGGGACCAAUUCUGUAGUUGUACAUGGUUUGUAUAGUAUGCUGAGUUUUACUGAACAUAUUUAUACUAAAAUGUGAGAGUGUAUUAGUAUGUGAAGUGCCUCGUCACAGUAAAGAUGUCUGCGUAUUAUGCAGAGUUCAGAGGCCAUUGUAUGUUUUUAUUAUUAUUGUUAUUAUUAUUAUUAUUAUUAUUAUUAUUAUUAUUAUUAUUAUUAUUAUUAUUAUUAUUAUUAUUAUUAUUAUUAUUAUGCAUAAGAGUAUCAUCAUCAUCACUAUCAUCAUCAUUAUCCCUCAUCACAUACAAAUCAAGGUGAAGGGUCCAUAUUGAGCAUUAUUCAUUGCCACUGUUAGUGUCAUUUCUCUCACUAAUGUACCAAAAAUGUUAUAGCAGGUCAUGAAGCACCCGUUGUCUGUGUCUGGCAUGGCUGACUUGUUCAGCUUGUGCAUUUUCUGUAAUUUUAAGAUUAUCCUUGCUUGCCACAUUUAAAAAAAACUUGCCAUUUAUUUUUAAAACCUGAUUAUAUUGUAGAAGUAAUAAAGUAGCAUGUGUUUUGUAGAGUAGAAGUGACAGGUUAACAAUACUACAGGUAAAUAAGUGCUAUAUCCUUGCCUUAGUGUAGUAUUCUCUAGGGAAUUUGUGCCUUAAUGUUAAGACUGUCCUUGACAUGAGCAGCUUUGAUCCACAGUGUGUAUAUUUCAGCACCACUCACACAACCACCAUUCACCUACAAUCUUCCUCUGCCACCUAAAAAAUCUCUUCAACUGUGAUAUUAUUGAAUUAGAUACUUAUGAUCUGAUGUUAGUUUAUUUUUAUGUUAAGGGGAGACUUGAUGACUUACAAAUAAGUAAUGAUGAAAAAAGAACUUGAAGGACAUCUUUUAGUUACUGCAGUGUGUAGUUGGUCAGUACCAGUGAAUCUCACCUUGUUACAUGUGAUAUAUAACAUGAAAAGUUGUGUUAAUAUUUCCAUUGUUCUGAAUACAAGUAAUGCAUUUGUCCAAUGUUCCACUGUAAAUGAGUUCUGGUUAUCAUAAGCCAGUGCCAAGAGGGUGGAUGAUGCCUCCCUGCUGCACCUGCAGGGGAAGGAUACCACAACAGUGCCAUGUUUUGGCUUCAUAAUGUGUUCUUUCUCAGUGCCAUAAACACAUCAAGGGAAAGUUUAAUUAUAAAAGGAAAGUGAUUCCCAAAAUGUGCUAUAGGAUAUAAACAGUGUUAGAUGGCGUGCAUAAUUUCAGCUUGCUGAAUUUAUGUCUGAUGAGUGUCCUUGUCACUGGAAGUAUUCAAGAUGGUCAUCAUGUCUGCUGCAGCACAGCUGACACAACCAGUUUGAAUGCCACCUUGACAGGCACUUCAUGGAAUUGAACUCAGCAUCCUUUCAUUGAUGAAAAUUAGUCAUAAAACAUCUGAUGUUUCCUAAGACACACUUUGUGAUGUUGCCAAACCAAAUUAUCUCGGGUGUAGGCUUAAGAAAUAAAAACGCUACUGGAAAUAGAAUACAAUGGAACCUCGGUUUUUUAACUUAAUUUGUUCCUGAAUGCCAUUCGAAAUCCGAAACGUUAGAAAGCCGAAACUAUUUUCCCCAUAGGAAUCAAUGUAAAAUAGAUUAAUUCGUUUUCAGAUACCCGUCCACCAUGUCUUAGUGACAAUGACUGAUGCUCCCAUUGCUAAGAUGGCUGCUCCACAGCAUCUCCAGUUUAGAAAUUUUCAAUCCAGAAAGGAUGCAAUGAAUGAACUUAGUAACAGAACUAAUCAAAAGAUAUUGUUUAGACCAUGCAGGCAUUCUCUUUGUCUCCAGUCAAGUGCAAGAAGUCUUAUAGAGUGACACAGAGAGGAGCAACCCACUCACUGCCAAAAUGAAGGUGAUCAAUUUGCUGCAGGGAAAAGCUACUGGAAAAAUGCAGUUGUGCAGUAGUGAUGGUGUUGUGGGUCAUAGAGCCACAGGAGGCUUGGGAUUACUCCUGAGCCGUGAACCUUGUUUGUUUACAUUGAGGUUCUUCAAUAGGAUCACAUUUAACUUAUUUCAAAGAUUGAAUUACUGUCUUACCCUCCGUGUUUCUCCUCCAAAUAUAUAAAAACAAAGGAAAUAUUUGUAGAAACUAUGAAUUAGUAAUAAAUGGCAGCUUUUGCUAUAUGUUGUAGUAUUUGAAAUCAAGUAACUUCAUUCAAAAACUGAAUUAUGAUACAGCAACUGAAGCAAUUAUGAGUUAAAAUUUUUGUUUGAAAACCGAGUUGUUCAAAAAGGGAGACAUUUGGUAACCGAGGUUGCACUGUAUAGCAAAAUGAGAAUGAUUUUGUUUAGUAUUUUAGUUUGAAAAACCGAGUCUCCUCUUAAAUGUGCUGUACACAAACAAAAAUGUGCCUGUUUGUUGAAAUUUUAAGCCAGUCCAUGUUAGAGACUUCAUGGUGUACAACUCCAUUCUGUGAUAUGCUAUAGUAAGUACUGGUAGUAUUUCCUCUUACUCUAAGGUGUUCUUAUUUUGUCUAUGCAUUUGGUCAUAACACAAGGGACCAAGCAACAUGUCAUCCACUUUGUAGGAAGGCAUGUUAGGUGCUGUUUUUUUUAAUAAGUUACCUAAUUAUAUUCACAAGCCUCCAUUUGUACAUUAAAGAAAACACAUUUAA